GGAAGGUUCAUCUUCGUUCUAUUUGUAGGCUGUAGCAGCAGUAUUGAAACGUGUCGCACGUGUAAGAUGACGCAGAUACCUGGCUUUGAAAAUAUGAGACCAAAACAUCAGAAGGGAGUCACGUUAACGCCACAGUCCACAGUCAACCGAAUUGAAUGUGCCAUAGCCUGCGCUCCCUCUGCUGGUGAGUGUCCGGAUAUGGAAUCCCUGAGCGUCGCUCCCUGCACUCUGAACGAGCGUCAGUAUUUUGGAUACCAGAGCGUCACAGGGGAAUGUACUUGUAUGGCAGGUUCUCUUCAGCUUUCCUUUGCAUCUGCCAACUCUGCAUCUGCCAAAGUUAUUUCCAAUGCUGCAGUUUAUGAGUGGGGGUACAACGUGUACGAGAUAUUCUGUAAAACAGAUGCCUAACAACAGCUGUGUUCAUCUAAACCAAUCACUGACAAGGUGAACGAAUAAUGGACACCAAAGAGGCGACAACAUGCAAUUUUCAAGCACCUAAAGAACCUGAAGAAAUAUGUUUGACAGAAUAAUCAAUUAGAAUCAGAACGAUGAACUUUGUGUUCUGAAGUUUACAAUAAUUUCUGAUAACAUCCCAUAACUACUAGUCUGCAUAUAUCCCAAAAUUAUCGGCAGAAACAGUAUUACGUUGGCCACGCUGUGACCAGCGAACCAGAAUCGUCACGAAAAUGCGUAAUUGCAAAUGCAUCAUCAUUGAGAUUUAAAUUAAUUUUUUUGAAUGCCGCUCCCUUUACCGAUUGACGUGUACUGCUCUACCCUCAUUGCUUUUUCCUAAAGGCUUUUGUGUUUAUUUGU